CAAGGUUAUGACGGCCCAGGCCCAGUUUGCCCAGACUGCCGCCCCCAUGCCAGCCCUCCCAGAGGGAACCUACCAGCCCCCGCCAGCCACUGCUGAGAUGCCAGGAUCCAGCUUGUACCCGAACCUGGAGGAGCUGGGAGACUACAUGGGUCUGGCCCUCAACAGUGAUGAAGUCCAGAGGAACCUGGCUUUGGUGCCUGUGGCUGACAACCAAGUGGCAGUGCCCUCCAACUCAGGCUACAGUGGGAUGGUGCGACCUGUGACGGGGGCGGACGUCGGCAUCCGGAGAGCAGAGAUCCGCCCCGGGCUGCGGGAGGUGAUCCUCUGCAAGGACCAGGACAGGAAGGUGGGGCUCCGGCUCCGAGCCAUUGACAACGGAGUGUUUAUCCAGCUGGUGCAGGCUAACUCCCCCGCGGCCCUGGCUGGCCUGCGUUUCGGGGACCAGGUCCUUCAGAUCAACGGGCAGAAUUGUGCCGGCUGGAGCCUGGACAAAUCCCACAAGGCCCUGAAGGCGGCGGCCGAGACCCGCAUCGAGCUGGUGGUCAGGGACAGGCCCUUUCAGCGCACCAUCACCAUGCACAAAGACAGCUCCGGACACGUGGGCUUCAUCUACAAGUCCGGCAAAAUCACCUCUCUGGUCAAGGAUGGAUCUGCCGCCCGCAACGGCCUGCUGACUGAUCACUACAUCUGCGAAAUCAACGGGCAAAACAUCAUUGGACUCAAGGAUUCUCAAAUCAAGGACAUUCUCUGCACCUCUCCGACCGCCAUGACCAUCACCAUCAUGCCCAAGUUCAUCUAUGAACACAUGAUUAAGAGGAUGUCGAGCGGCCUCCUGCGCUCAGCCAUGGAUCACUCCGUCCCCGAGGUGUGAGGACAAGGAGGACCAUAAACUGUCAGGAUGUCUUCAGUACAGAGAUAUACCUUUCUCUCUCUUCUAACUCAACUGUCUCUCUCUCUUUCUCUCUUUAUACCAUUUCCUGCAUUACAAUCAACACCAUUUCUUAUCUUUUAACAUCUUAAAAUGCCUUUUUUUCCCCUAUUCUUUAGUCACUCAGUAUAGUCUCUACCCUGCUCUACUUCCCACAUCUCUGUCGACGCGUCUAGUACUUUUUAUAUGUUAACCUUGUAGUCGAAGUAUUACAUGUUUUUUUUUCUUCUAUUUGAGUACAAAAUGUUUUUUGUUUUUUUUCAUGCACACCAUCAUGAGUCCAGAGCUUCCUCCUCAGUGUGGAAAUGAAUAAUUGGCGGUGACGUUUCAUCUUGUCAAAAAUGCUGUAAAAGGCCAAUAUUCAGGCAUCAGAGCCCUACUGUGGAGAAGGCGCUGUGCUCCUGGCCCUGCACUUAGCCCCCGAUGUGUGUCAAUAAUCAGAAUUAACACCUCAUGUAGAAAAAGUUUGCUGACUUUAUUCUAGAGUCCAGUGUCAUUUUUACUUGGCCUGUUAAAAAUACUUUUUAGCAAAGGUGUUGUUUUUAGUUUAUACCAAAUAUUGGUAAAAAAAAAGAUUUUGAUUAGUGUUCUUUUUGUGGAUUCACAACAUUUCUAUCAUAUAAAUAAGUUCUAUGCAGCAGUUUCCAGCCUCUCCAGAAGAUGGCGAGGUAUCAUUGAACCACAUUUCCUGUCUCUGCGGUCGAAUGAGGCUCUGAUGUGUUGAAUAUGUAGGUACUGGGAACACAGUGUGCACAUUCCAGGGGAAGUGUAGGAAAAAGGGGCAGCAGUAGACGUUUGUUGCCUCGUGCAGCUAGGACUUAGCCCUGUUCGCAACACCGUAAGAGCUACGAGACAUGAGAGGCACGAGUAGGCGAGAUCACAGUGCUUCAAUGUGAUUGGCUAGGUCAGUUAAAAGGCGCUGGACGGUUUUGCGCGUUAAACUAUAAUUUUUCCGAGGGAAUUGUUUGUGCUGGACGGACCCACUAAGUGCACUUUCCACUUCCUUUUUAAAGGUUGUCUUUCCUGUUUCCAUUUCAACAGCUGUGCUUUUUUUUUUUAUUGUUGUCUUUGUGAUGCCUCAUGUAAAUGGAGGAACGUGUAUGUUAACCAUAGGAAACUGCUGAAAUUUGAUGCUGAAAAUCAUCCGCUCAAAUGGAAUGCAUUUAAAUUGCCCAAUCUGAGUUAUAAAUCAGUGAACCUGCUCGUUCAGUGAACGCCCCCCCCCCCACCCUCCCUGUAAUAUUCCCUCCCUGACUGAUGAGCACCCAGUCGUCAAUUUCUACUUGUUAUAUAAAAUGUGCUCCUUUUAAUGCUGUUCAUGUACGGAUGCAUGUAUUGGUUUAAUUUUCUAGGUAUGCAAUCUGAUAAACAUCACUGUCAUUCUGUAAGAAAAUGCUAGAAAAAAAAAAUCUAAAAGUUUAUAUACGAAUGUAACCACGAUAAUAUUGUAAAACAAAUAAACAGUCUUUCUGUUCACAUUA